AAUCCAGGGCAAAGAGGAGACACACAUACGCAGAGAGAGAGAGAGAGACCUGACGUCCACAACGUUCACUGCUCUGCUUGACCGCUGCUGUGUUUUGGUUUUUUUUUUGGUUAUUUUUUUGUUUUGUUUUGGUUUUUUGUUAACUGACAGAAGAACAGAAGAGACAUCUGCACACUACCAGAAAAAAAAAAGGGUUGCCCUGACUCUUAGUUAGACAGUGGCACUGACACACACUGAUAUUCCAAAUAAUACAUUCAGGCAAACUAGGGAGCAAAGAGUCUCUUUCUCUUAUUCUUGCUCACUCAGCUGCUCUAUCUCUCUUUCUCUCUCUGUCUCUCUCUCCCUCCCAUCCACACACACGCACACACACAUACACCUCCUCACACACACACACACACACAGAGCAGUACAGUAUACGAGCCAGUGCCUCUCACAGAGCCAGAGGGGAGUGCAGAAAUGAAUGUGAAGAUCCUGACGCUGGUGAUUGUGCUCUUGGUGUCUCUGCUGCGUUCGGCUGGUGCUGGUCCCAUGGCCUCCGUGGAGCAUGGCAGAGAAGUAGAAGAAGCCCCCACAGUGAGAAAAAUGGUCCAGCAGAGUCCUGCAAGGGGAGGUCAACCUCACAGACCGGCCGGCUGGAAGAGGAGACGCCCUCGGCCCCGUCUGUCUCACAAGGUGCCUAUGCCGUUCUAGAGCAAGGCACAGCUUUGAGCACCCUUCCCCAGGUUCUGAUUUCUCUGCUCUUCCUUCGCCUUGGGGGGCCUUGCUAUGAAGGGCCAACCCUUGUCCAGCCAGAAGAGUGAUGUCCAUAGCACCUGCUGGUUCUUCAAGCAAACUCUGUCCUCACAAACAUCAGGACGAUGGCUCACCCCCAGCUCUGGAGGAGACGGGGGGCAGGGACGGGAAGGGAGGUGGGGGUGGGAGGUGUGAAGCCUAAGCUGUCACUUUCUAUUUCUCUGUCUCUCUCUUUCUUUCUCUCACUCCCUUCAGAAUUGUAUCAUCUAUCUCUGUCUACUCCCCGGUUUUUCUACAUUUUUAAGUAUUUCUGUUAUGAUUUUAGCCCAAUCAGUAGCAAAACUCGCCGUGGGUCUCUCUCUCACACACACACAAACACACACACACUUUUGCAUAACAUGUGAUGGUGAGGGAGCGAAGUUCGGACCAUCUGAGUCCCCAUGCCACAUUUGUCUUUAUGGUGUUAAUCCCAUAUUUUUGGGACUCAAAGAUUCCAAAGCCCUAGUUUCUCUGCAGUGUAGCCAUGUCCACAGUCUGGAUAAUGAAAGAGACGCAGCGACUCUGCACAAGAUGUUCAGCUCACUAACAACACUCUGGAAAGACGGAAGGUUCUGAGUUUAAAAUUAAAAAAAAAAAAAAAUUCAAAAUAUCUUCACUAAUGGCGCUACACUGUGAAAAAUGAAAAAGCUGAGAAAACUCAAAAUUCUCAAGAAAAUUCAUGGUAAACUAUCUCUGCCAACAAAUACGAUUUUAGGAUCCGCUGAGCCAGCUGAGUUUGGUUGAGUGAAGAAAAAGCCGAAAAAGCCGAUAAUUGAACUAGAAAAUUCGAAUUAUUUGACUCUCAAACACUGAACUAUGUUUCCCAAAAUCCGAGAAUCAAAUUGUUUCCUGAAGCUUCUUCCACCUUUAAACCCGUUUCCUGACUUUAGAGACAAUCAUGAUUUUAAACUAAAGCUGUGUCAGUCACAGCCACGACGUUGUUUUGUCUGAAUGUUACUUGUUUUCAAAGACAAACGUGAAUUUUCUUUUUUUUAAGAAAAAGUACAACUCUUCUCUUAUUCCUAUUAAAUUCAGAUAUAUGUUACAAUAUUU